AUGUCGAGCGAGUGUAUUGGGCUUAGGACAAGACGUCGGGAAGUUGUUAUUGUUGUAGAGGGCGCAUAAGAAGGCUGAAGUUAUAGCUAAAUAAUCAGCCUUCAGCAGGCACCCGCGCCUGCGAACAGGAAGAGAUGGAGGCCCUGGCGAUGUGUUGGAACGUGGACGUCAGGACAAGAGACGUUGCAGUUGAGAUACGGAGGAGGGAAUCAUGGAGGUGGUGGCGGUGCUAAGCGCGGUGACUGCGUGCCCGGCGUCUCCGUCUUCGCCGUCCUUUCGGUAGAUACCCCAACAUUUGCACUGAUCGGAGGUCUCACCACGGUUUUCUACCCAAGACCCUGCAGCCAUGAAGGGUCUUACACUUCGAGCGCAACGACGCUCACAGCCUCAGGGACUCAUCUGUCAAUUCUGCCGAUAUUCUACCUCGCGAUCGACUCAUCGUGGCCCUGUCUUCCAACAGACGCGACUCUUGAAUAACCGCGCAGAUUUCUCGGGAUGGAAAACGAAACGACCGCUGAAAGCGCCAUUGACGACGUCCCAGUCCAUCUUCAGACGAUUCGCCUCGCAUGAAUCGAAGCUGGCGAUCCCAACUGAUCCGGAUGUCGCUUUAAAGGAAGUGCAGCAGGAAGCCCGCACCAUUUCCAACUCCGAUGUCGUUCCCUCCGACGAGACGGUGGUGCAAUUGCUACAGAAGUGUCUGAACAUAGUGUCGCGCAUUGUUCUAGGUGAACAGGGCCCCCAGAACCAGAAUAAAGAUGGAGGGAACGCGACCUCAUCACUCUUGAAUCUGGAAGAGAAGCCGACAGGCACUCAGCCGUCAAAAGUGAACCUGAGCACGAAACGGAGAAUUACGGAUUCGAUAUCGCAAGUCGCCAAUGAUCUCCUCAGAAAUGAGAAGGUUUUCAUUUCACCAGAAGCGCUGGAGUACUACACGAAGAUUCAAACACUUCUGAAGAAGGCCGACCAUUUCCCCGAAAUCUUCACGCUCUAUGCCAACAAGCCUGUCCCCGUGGAAAAUAGCUCGCCAGUGCAGUACCGUAAGCCGAAUCCCAAGAGUGUGAAGAAUGCUGUUCCAUCCGAAUUGGCCAACAUGGCUCUGGACGUUGCUAUCGAACAAAAAAAUCUACCUCUUGUGCUGGCCAUCAUUGAUAGCACCUUCUGCGCUCCCGCCUUCUACAGGGCGAAGAUCUUCAAGAAAGCGACUGUGCCAAUGAUAGGACUGGCUGCAGCCCCCGCUGCAUCGUACGUCAUUGCGUCUUGGGCCUCGACCUUACAAAAUACGAUGGAUGAGAGUACGGCGAGGGGACUCAUUUUCUCCGCGAUCCUUGCCUACGUGGGCUUCACAUCGUCCGUUGGAAUUGUCGCUAUCACGUCCUCUAAUGACCAAAUGGACCGAGUAGUCUGGAUACCGGGUAUACCACUGCGACAGCGCUGGCUUAGGGAGGAGGAGCGUGCGGCGCUGGAUAAAGUUGCCGUCGCCUGGGGUUUCAAGGACCCUUCGAUGCGGGGAGAGGAAGAGGGCGAGGAAUGGGAAGCUCUACGGGAGUUUAUUGGAAUGAGAGGCAUGAUCCUGGACAAGACGGAUUUGAUGGAAGGCAUGCAGUAAGAAACCGGUUGUGGUUGUAUGAGUAACUGUCUAACAAUGUAUUAUCUACAUACAAUUCGUGAGCUGCUAUACCGUUGCGCUUACAAUGUCUAAUAUAAAAUACCCGGGGAUACAAAGUAUCGUACGCUUUACAAUUAGCGGGAAUAUAAAUUGAGGAAUCGUAACAUCGUGAG